UCAGCGGCCAGCUGUAGGAACCCAGGUGGCGCCAUUCCAUUGGGUACGAUCUGCGCUCGGCCUUUUUCCCACACAGCGACAAGACGUACCGGGUACCCUCCCUCACCGAUCACAGGACCAUUUCUGGCCAGCUAAUCCUACACCCCCCUCUUAACGGCUACAAAAUUUGAUUUUUAUUCUCACAUCUUACGUGGAAUCCUACGUGGCGCGUGGCCCCCGGCCCUCGGCACUUGGCUAUAAAUUGCCCCCACUUUGCUUCCAUUGGUUUGUACAGAGCAAUUUCCUCAGUCUCAGCUUCUCUCUCUCUCACUCUCUCUAGAAAUCAUGGCCUCCGCCUUCUUUCGUUCCCUUUCAAUGUGUGCGGCUUGUGUGGUGGUUUUGGUUCUCUUGAUCGCUGGUGUGACGGCGGGUUCGGUUCGCACUUCUAGGUUCGAUGAGUUGUUUCAGCCGAGUUGGGCGCUGGACCAUUUCACGUACGAGGGAGAGGUUCUCAAGAUGAAACUCGAUAACUAUUCUGGUGCUGGGUUUUCCUCAAAGAGCAAGUAUAUGUUUGGGAAAGUCACUACUCAGAUCAAGCUUGUGGAAGGGGACUCCGCUGGAACUGUCACAGCUUUCUAUAUGUCAUCGGAGGGUUCAAAUCACAACGAGUUCGAUUUCGAGUUCCUGGGCAACACCACGGGGGAGCCCUACCUGGUUCAGACCAAUGUGUACGUCAAUGGCGUGGGGAACAGAGAGCAAAGGCUCAACCUUUGGUUCGACCCCACCAAGGACUUCCACUCAUACUCUCUCCUCUGGAAUCAGCGCCAAGUUGUGUUUCUGGUGGACGACACUCCAAUACGUGUGCACUCCAAUCUGGAACACAGGGGAAUCCCCUACCCAAAAGACCAGCCAAUGGGUGUCUACAGCUCAAUCUGGAACGCAGACGAUUGGGCCACACAAGGCGGCCGCGUGAAAACAGACUGGACCCACGCACCCUUUGUAGCCUCCUACAAGGGCUUCCAAAUCGACGCCUGCGCCUGCCCCGCCACGGUGGCGGCCUCUGACAACGCCCGGCACUGCUCCAGCAGCGCCGAGAGACGGUACUGGUGGGACGAGCCCACCGUGUCGGAGCUGAGCACGCACCAGAGCCACCAGCUGUUGUGGGUGAGGGCGAAUCACAUGGUGUACGACUACUGCAGCGACGCGACUAGGUUUCCGGCGACUCCCGUGGAGUGUCAACACCACCGCCACUAGUUAUUUUGUUGGUUGAAUGUCACCUUUGUAAAAAGAAGGGGAAAAAAAAAGUGGGAAAGUCAAAUUCCUGGACGUGAACUCCGUGUUCUGUAGUUUGGGUGAUUUUGUUUGGUCUUUUGGGUUUGUGUAAGAUAAGGAUGUUUUAGACUUCAAUUUACAAUCUUUUAGUUCGUUUA